AUGGCCAGUGCCAGUACUACUGUCCCGUCAGCUACAGCGUCGAUCGCGCUGCCUAUGCAGUCAUCGGCGCUAGGUCCGCUAUUCAACAUCACCGUCGGGACACCUCCCCAGCCAUUGACGGUGUUGAGCGACUGGACCUGGAUGUCCCUGUUCACUCGCUCCGCACACUGCGAGGGAAGCUACAACGUCACCAAUUGCAUUCCACCGGGCCAGCAAUGGUACAAUGAGCGCCAGUCAACGACCUUUCACAAUACCAGCUAUGAAGCUACGGCCUGGGAGAACACCGCCUUCCUCCCUGGCUGCCCUUUUGCGGUGACCUACGGGCAGGACAGUGUUUGCAUGGGCGAGAUUUGCUCCGACGGGACGGUGUUCCAACUAUCAAAUUUCAACAUCACCAUCCCCAAUGUCGUCCCAUUCGGCGGUAUCUUCGGACUCGCGCCCGUUUUGCCCGGUCUGAACGAGACUUUCUUCCCAGCCUCCUACCAGGCCUAUCUAGCGGGCCAGUUGGGUCCCCAGGUUGGCUUCCAUUCUUGUGCGGCCUUGUCCUCCAAGGAAACCUGCGGCGGAGGCGAUAUGCAACUUGUCCUUGGGGGCACCGCUGGCCCAGACGUGUACGACCCGUCUGAGUUGAAUCUAGUUUGGUUCGAUGUUGAAGCGGCAGCCUGGCUGUCUGAGAGUGCGCCGUUGAAUGUCCGGCCCGCACGAAACAAUUUCUGGGCUGUGCAAUGGACGGGGAUGUGGAUUGGCGAGUAUAGUCUACCGCUGACCCAAUCUACCACAUCGAGGGUGAAUAAUACCGUGCCCCUGGCCGUUUUCGACGAAGGGUCUGAAGGGUAUAGUGCCCCGGUACCUGCAGCGGCCUUGGAUGUGUUGCUGCGCGCGACAAAUGCCACUGUUGUGUCCACCGCUUCCGGCUCGACGUAUUCGCUUCCGUGUGAUGUCGAUCAAGACCGCCUUCCGAUUCUGAGAUAUGAAUUGCAGGGCAAGCACAACUAUACCAUUCUCCCUUCGGCGUAUGUCACGCGCAGCGACGAGGGAUGCCAGUUGAGGAUCCGGGCGUGGAAUUUCGAGAGCAACGGGCCCAUGGCACUAUUUGGACUGUCUUUCCUGGAACGGCUCUACAUUAUUUUGGACUUUGCGAAUUUGCAAGUCGGGUUGGCUCCGUUGAGGACGGACUUGUUUGUAUAA